AUGUCAUCCAAGCAGGAGAGAAUAGCCGAUGCUAUGAAGGAGCGCGUCACCCAACUAGAAAGGGAAUUGAGGGAAUGCCAGCAGCAGCUACAGGAGGCGUUGCAAAGAGGUGAUGAUAUACAGUGCGCCAAGGAAGCGUUACAGUGCGAAGCCCAUGAUAUUGUGGAUCAGUGGUCUAGAAAAACAGCAGAGUUGCAGACAAAACUCAACGAAUGCUUAUGUGAACUAAGUGAAGCUCGUCGUUUAAUUGCACUUUCUGAGGAUAGGAACACUGGACUGCAAAAUCAGCUUCAACAGUUGGAGGCACACCAUUUAUCUCAGUUUCAAGAGUUAGAGAAAUAUGAAACACAAAACAAGGAACUUUCGGAGAAACUGGCUGCGACGGAAAGAAGUUUGUGUUUUGCCUCUCAGCAAGUAGGUGCCAUGGAGGGGCGCGUCAACGAAAUGGUUGCAGAAAUCGAGCAGAAGAGUGAACAAAUCACGUCACUUUCCCGAAAGGAGGACAUGCUCGCGGAGGCGUUGUUGGAGCUUCAAAAAAGCAGGAAACAAGCAGAGACUAUAUAUAAUGAGGGAAGGGAAAGAGUUUCCCUGCUUGACGAUGAGCUUUCACGUGCGAAACGACUAUUGGCGCGCACGAGAGAUGCAUUGCUUCUCACAGAGCAGGAGGUAUUUUGCCGGUGUAAAAUUAUCGCUGAUGAAGCAAACACUAUGGUUGGGGCUCUAUUUAAUCAACUGCUUUCUGCGAUUCACAGUAACGAGUCAUAUGGGGAAGCCCUGAAAGAAGCUCAACAUAAUAGUGCCUCUCUGGCAGAAGAAAAUGGGCUGCUUCUGCUGAAACUACAGGAAGCGGAACAGGAUCUGUCCAAGCUGCGCGUCGAGCAAGGGCAAGAAACUGCAACGUGCCGAGAGCAAAUACGGCUACUCGAACUAGACGUGAGGGAACUUCAGGACGCACGAAUAAACUGGUCUCGUGAACUAGAAGCCGUGCAAAAUGAACUAGGUAGAUCCGAGACCAAUCGCCACACUCUUGAGGAGUCGAAAAUGAGCCUCAACGCGGAGCUAAAGAUUGUUAAGGAUUGUUAUAGCACCCUGCUCGUGGAGCACGAUGAACUAAAGAUAUCAGUUCAGAUAAUGCGACGGGAGUCAGAAGCAGAGAUUUCGCGGCUAGUGACAGAGAAGGCCAGCGCUAUGAAUAGUUACGAAAUGAAAUUGCAAGAGGUAUGUAUGAGAAACACAACCCUGAACCAAAUUUUGAAAUUCAAAGAGCAUGAGAUGUUGUGUCACAGAGAAUCUAACGGACGUCAGUCCAUUUUGGUCGAGAACUAUCAUGAGUUGGUGGGCCUGACGCAACUUUAUAUUAGUAAAUGUGAAUUCAUUCACAGCAGAAUGUAUAAUCAGGUUUUGGACAGCAGGGAAAAAAUAGCAUCUUUAACUCAAACUAUAAGCGAGAAACAACUGGAAAACAGCAAGCUCGUUUCAAUUGCUAGGGACUUGGAGGAGAAGGUUACUUCAGCUCAAAACGACGCUAAGAUGUUUCGAUCGAAGGUAGUAGAACUAUCUACUGCUCUCAACUCGAACAGAGAGGAAGCUGAUAAUCUCGUCAGUGAAAAUAAGUGGCUUAGUGAUCAAGUUUUCGGCAUGCGUGAAGAACUACGUGACAUUGAUGUCUUAUUCAACUGCACACUCAAUGACAUGCGAGAGCAAGGUGAAAAUCAGCAAAGAGAACGUGAAAUGUUAUCUGAAGAGGUUAAUCGUUACGAAAAGCUUUUGCAAAAAUCCCAGCAGAAAAUAAGUAGAUGCGAGGAACGAUGUUCUGUUUUUGCUGCCGAAAAGGCCGCAAUGUUGAAAACUUUGACGCUGGCAGAAGAGGAGCUUCUCACAGCAAAGUCAGAGUGUUCUCGUGCUCGCGAGCGCGAACAAUUUUCUUUGAAAGAGAAGGGUAUUCUUGAAAAGGAACUUUCGCAAAUGAGAAGGGAUUAUGUUAGUUCAACAAAUCAGGUCAAAGCGCUAAUGGAAGAGUUGAGAACCCAUGAUGUUAAACAACAAUUAAUGAACUCGUCAUCUCGCACAGAAGUGGAAGCAACGAAAACGAAACUGAAUACAUACAUAGAAUUGUAUGAGAACGCUAACGUCCAAGUUGCGCAACUCACAAAAUCUCUGCAGGAAUCUCGAGAUGCUUAUGACAACUUACAUGAGUCACACCAAAAAGCGAAGGUUGCGUUGGAGGAUGCCAAGCAACGUUGUUGCCAUGACGCGCAAGAAAUACAAAAGGCAUUGGAAGAACGCCAGCGCAUAGCAAGUGAACGAGACACAUUGGUGGAAAAGUACAACAAGGUUCAUGAUGUGCUCAAGUUAAUAAAAAAAGAGAACUCUGGGACUAUGGCUGAAGAAGUACGAAAACUAUCCGAUCUUUGUUCUCAGCAAGAAGCUGAACUACAAGAACUGCGUCACCAAAAUGUGAUACUAAAGCGUGGCAUCGUGAAAGUGGCGGAUGAAACUCACAAUCCCGUAGAAAGGGGAAAGUUUGUAGAACGCCUCAACCUCGCCGAGGGUCCACUUCGUCGACCGAAGAAGCGUCCUGCAACAGAUUCUUGA